UUACUCCAGCACCGCUGCGAUAGAAGAAGAGGCGUCGCUUCCAAUUCCAAACACAGCGAUGACAGUUUCACCUCAACCUUGUCACAAAGUUGUCGAGUUUCAAUGUGCUAUGUGAAAGAACUUGCUGUGAAGAAGUCAACAGGACGAAGAAGCAGGUCCGGUCGGGAUGAACCUGGGCUCCAAGAGUAAGAAGCGGGUGGUUCUGUCGAGCCGACCCAACCCGCCCACCGUGGAGCAGAUCCUGGACGACAUCAGUGGCGCUGAUCCCGCUGACCCGCUCUUCAGCAUCCUGGAGCUGAGCGGACAAGACUCACAGCGCCCCUCACCAGACAGCGACGUGGAGCUGAAGUUCCAGCAGUGUCGUCGUUACCUGGAGUUGAACCAGCGACUGCAGAAGGCCCAGGAGCGGCUGCUGCAGCAGAGGGAUGAGCUGCGAGAGGCCGGCCAGCGGUUGGAGAAGGACGUGGACGAGGUCAAAGGGCGAGCACUCUGACCCUCGAUCCUAAACUCUUCUGGACAAAAGUGACCACUUCAGCUUGAAGAUGCACAUGAGGUGCAUCACGUGGUGUCAAGGUUCUUCUUCACGUGGACAGACCAUGUUGGAAUACCUCUCAUCACAGGGGGAAACCAACCACAUUAUCAAUGAUGUUUGUUUUAUGAAAUUUUGUAGCUUGUGAGUUAUAGCUGCUUAUCACCUCCCAACACAGAGGGCAUUUUCAUUAUGUGGCAGUCUGUUGUUUACACUCAUACACUUUGAUUACACAAUAAAACAAACUCAUAAAA